GAGCGGGCGGGGCGCACCGGCCCGGAGCAGCGGGGACAGCCGGCAGGCGGCGGGGUCGGCGGGCGCGGCAGGCCGGGCGGGUGCGGCAGACUGAUUGCGCGCCAUGCCUCACUUCACUGUGGUGCCCGUGGACGGGCCGCGGCGCGGCGACUAUGACAACCUCGAGGGUCUGAGUUGGGUGGACUACGGGGAGCGCGCCGAGCGGGAGGAGUCGGACGGACAGAGUAAUCACAGAGAGAGCAGCCCUUUUCUUUGCCCCUUGGAGGCUUCCAGAGGAAGUGACUACUAUGACAGAAACCUGGCACUGUUUGAGGAGGAACUGGACAUCCGCCCAAAGGUGUCAUCUCUUCUGGGCAAGCUUGUCAGCUAUACCAACCUCACCCAGGGCGCCAAGGAACAUGAGGAGGCUGAGAGUGGAGAAGGCUCCCGUCGGAGAGCAGCCAAGGCACCCAGCAUGGGCACACUCAUGGGGGUGUACCUGCCCUGCCUGCAGAAUAUCUUUGGGGUCAUCCUCUUCCUGCGGCUGACCUGGAUGGUGGGCACAGCCGGGGUGCUACAGGCCCUCCUUAUUGUCCUCAUCUGCUGCUGCUGUACACUGCUGACAGCUAUCUCCAUGAGUGCCAUCGCCACCAACGGUGUGGUUCCAGCUGGAGGCUCCUAUUUCAUGAUCUCCCGCUCACUGGGUCCAGAAUUUGGAGGUGCUGUGGGCCUGUGCUUCUAUCUGGGAACAACAUUUGCGGCAGCAAUGUAUAUCCUGGGGGCCAUUGAGAUCUUGCUGACCUACAUUGCUCCACCAGCCGCCAUUUUUUACCCAUCAGGCUCUCAUGACACGUCAAGCGCCACCUUGAAUAAUAUGCGAGUAUAUGGGACCAUUUUUCUGACUUUUAUGACACUGGUGGUAUUUGUUGGUGUCAAGUAUGUGAACAAAUUUGCCUCACUCUUCCUGGCCUGUGUGAUUAUCUCCAUCUUCUCUAUCUAUGCUGGGGGCAUCAAGUCCAUUUUUGACCCUCCCGUGUUUCCAGUGUGCAUGCUGGGUAACAGGACCCUGUCCCGGGACCAGUUUGAUGUCUGCGCCAAGACGGUUGUGUUGGACAAUGAGACAGUGGCCACCCGGCUGUGGAGUUUCUUCUGCCACAGCCCCAACCUUACCACUGACUCCUGUGACCCCUACUUCCUGCUCAACAAUGUGACGGAGAUCCCUGGCAUUCCCGGGGCAGCUGCUGGUGUGCUCCAGGAGAACUUGUGGAGUGCCUACCUGGAGAAGGGCGAGUUCGUGGAGAAGCGAGGUCUGCCCUCCACAGACGCCCUUGGCCUGAAGGAGAGCCUGCCCCUGUAUGUGGUAGCUGAUAUCGCCACAUCCUUCACUGUGCUGGUUGGCAUCUUCUUCCCCUCUGUAACAGGCAUCAUGGCUGGCUCAAACCGCUCCGGGGACCUCCGUGAUGCCCAGAAAUCCAUCCCGGUGGGAACCAUUCUGGCCAUCAUUACAACCUCGCUUGUGUACUUCAGCAGUGUGGUUCUCUUCGGCGCCUGCAUUGAGGGUGUAGUGCUCCGAGACAAGUAUGGCGACGGUGUCAGCAGGAACCUGGUGGUGGGCACAUUGGCCUGGCCUUCGCCCUGGGUCAUCGUUGUUGGCUCUUUCUUCUCAACAUGUGGUGCUGGCCUCCAGAGCCUUACUGGGGCACCUCGUCUAUUGCAGGCCAUUGCCAAGGACAACAUCAUCCCCUUCCUCCGGGUGUUCGGCCAUGGGAAAGCAAAUGGUGAACCGACGUGGGCACUCCUCCUGACUGCACUCAUUGCUGAGCUGGGCAUCCUCAUUGCCUCCCUCGACAUGGUGGCCCCCAUUCUAUCCAUGUUCUUUCUGAUGUGUUACCUAUUUGUGAACCUGGCCUGUGCUGUACAGACACUCCUGAGGACCCCCAACUGGCGGCCCCGGUUCAAAUACUAUCAUUGGGCGCUGUCCUUCCUGGGCAUGAGCCUCUGCCUGGCCCUUAUGUUUGUUUCCUCCUGGUACUAUGCUCUGGUUGCCAUGCUCAUCGCAGGCAUGAUCUACAAGUACAUCGAGUACCAAGGGGCUGAGAAGGAAUGGGGUGAUGGGAUCAGAGGCCUAUCCCUGAGUGCUGCCCGCUAUGCGCUGUUGAGGCUGGAAGAGGGACCUCCUCAUACCAAGAACUGGCGGCCUCAGCUCCUGGUGCUGUUAAAGCUGGAUGAAGACCUUCAUGUGAAGUACCCACGACUCCUCACCUUUGCCUCUCAGCUUAAGGCUGGCAAGGGCCUGACGAUUGUUGGCUCCGUCAUCCAGGGCAGCUUCUUGGAGAGCUAUGGCGAGGCCCAGGCUGCUGAGCAGACAAUCAAGAACAUGAUGGAGAUUGAGAAAGUGAAAGGCUUCUGUCAGGUAGUGGUGGCCAGCAAGGUGCGUGAGGGGCUGGCCCACCUCAUCCAGUCUUGUGGCCUGGGUGGCAUGAGGCAUAACACCGUGGUGCUGGGCUGGCCCUACGGUUGGCGACAGAGUGAGGACCCACGUGCCUGGAAGACCUUUAUUGAUACAGUGCGCUGCACCACAGCUGCCCACUUGGCCCUGCUUGUGCCCAAGAACAUUGCCUUCUACCCCAGCAACCACGAGCGCUACCUGGAGGGCCACAUCGAUGUGUGGUGGAUUGUACAUGACGGUGGCAUGCUCAUGCUUUUGCCCUUCCUGCUGCGCCAACAUAAGGUUUGGAGAAAGUGCAGGAUGCGCAUCUUCACAGUUGCCCAGAUGGAUGACAACAGCAUCCAGAUGAAGAAGGAUCUGGCCAUCUUCCUAUACCACCUCCGCCUUGAGGCAGAGGUGGAGGUGGUGGAGAUGCAUAAUAGCGACAUAUCUGCAUAUACCUAUGAGCGCACACUGAUGAUGGAGCAGCGGUCCCAGAUGCUGCGGCAAAUGAGGCUGACCAAGACUGAAAGGGAGCGUGAAGCCCAACUAGUCAAGGACCGGCACUCAGCCCUGCGGCUGGAGAGCCUAUACUCAGAUGAGGAAGAUGAGUCUGCUGCAGGGGCCGAUAAGAUCCAGAUGACAUGGACCCGGGACAAGUUCAUGACUGAGCCCUGGGACCCCAGCCAUGCCCCUGACAACUUCCGGGAGCUGGUUCACAUUAAGCCAGACCAGUCCAAUGUGCGGCGUAUGCACACUGCUGUGAAGCUCAAUGAAGUCAUUGUCACACGAUCCCAUGAUGCCCGCCUAGUCCUACUGAACAUGCCUGGCCCACCCAAGAACAGUGAAGGUGAUGAGAAUUACAUGGAGUUCCUUGAAGUGCUGACUGAGGGCCUUGAACGGGUGCUGUUGGUGCGUGGUGGUGGUCGUGAAGUCAUUACCAUCUAUUCCUGAGCCCAGUGUGGUCUUUCUUAUGGCCUAGAGUGGGGGUAUCCAAGGCAAUAGCCCCCACCUGAGCACCUACUUGCCAGUUCUGCUUUGCCCAGCCUUGCCUUGGGCCAGCUUUGCUAGGUCUCCUGGGAAACCAGGUCUGGGCCUGGCAACAGAGAUGGAUUUGAGUUCCUGUGGGACCUUGGGAGGUUUAGGGACUUUCCUCUCCAAUACCCCAGUAGGAUGCCCUGGCUAAAGACGACCGGUGGGGGCUGAUGUGGGUUUUAAGGCCCAGCCCAAGAGCACUAUUUAUUGUAUAUUUAUUGUUUGGAUGACACCAUUUGGGAGAAGGGGAAGGGCAGAAAGGGCGGGGGUUGAACUCAUCCUGCUUGCAGGAAGACCUGGCUCAGACUACUGUGGGCAGGGACCCCCAUUAAACCAAGUGGAAUGGAGCUGGCCGAGCUAAGGCCUGACUUUCUUCAAUAAAACAUUGUGUACUUCUGGGCC